GCCCGCCCUGAGGGGACAACUCCAGCCGGGGCAGGGAGGGCUCCAGGGACAUCGCCCCGACCGGCCCCACCGGGCUCUAGACGGGGAAGGGCCUUGCUGGGACAUCUCCGGGAAGGAUGAGGCAUGGCCCCCCUGCAGGGUGGAAGUCCGGACGCGUGGCAUUUUGUUUAACUGCAUUUUUAUAAUGAUUGACAGUCACCAAGCACCUUAGAAGACCUUUCCUCCACCUUGAAAAGUGCAUUGAGAAGGAAAAGAUCUUGUGAAAGAGGCUCUAGGUUGAAGAUGGCAUCAUGCCUUUAUGAAUGCCUUUGUGAAGCAGAACUUGAAAAAUACUUCCCCCACUUUGCUGCCUUUGGUCUUCAGAAAAUUGAUGAGCUUGCCAAAGUUUCCAUGGAAGAUUACACCAAACUGGGGGUCCAUGAUGUAAAUGACCUCAAACGUCUUUUCCAGCUCAUUAGAAUAAUCAAAAUUAGGCAACGAGAAGACGCUGCAGACUUAAGCAAGCAAGAUUUUCAACCACAUGGCCUUUUCAUUCAGCCUCAGGUGACCAAGUCAGGACCCUAUAGACAGCUGCGUUUUGAGUCCUUCUGUGAAGAAAAUGAUGGAACAGUUAAAGAGUCUGAAUCUGAAUUGUAUCAUUCACCUGAUUUCAGUGCCAAUGAAAAGAAGGACAGUGUAGGGGAAAUGCUGGGACACAUUCCACCACACAAUUCAGUAGGGGAAAUGCUGGGACACAUUCCACCACAUGAUUCAGAGCCAAUCAGAUUAACUAGAAGAGACCUAAAUAUUCCUGGAAUAGGUACAAAAGAUGACCUGAGCUGUCCAACAGUUUCUGAUGAUAUUGCUCAUCUCUGUAUCAGCUCCAAUACUUUCGACAAAGAGACUCCAUGGACAGAGAGUGAAAAAAUCAGAGUGUGUGUCCGAAAACGUCCUCUCUGCCAGAGGGAGGAGAGACUUGGGGAGUCUAAUAUAAUCACAGUGGAAGAUAAGGAAACCCUAAUUCUCCACCAGAAGAAGGAGGCAGUUGAUCUUACACAAUACAUUUUACAGCAUGUUUUUUAUUUUGAUGAAGUCUUUGAGGAGACAUGUACCAAUGAGGAUGUGUAUAUGAAGACAGCUUAUCCUCUCAUUCAGCAUAUUUUUAAUGGAGGCAAUGCAACUUGCUUUGCAUACGGGCAGACUGGUGCUGGCAAGACUUACACCAUGAUAGGGACUCAUCAGAACCCAGGACUCUAUGCCCUGGCUGCCCAGGACAUCUUCAGGCACCUGGAAGCAUCACCAUCCAGGAAAGAUCUUAUUGUUCUGAUCAGUUUUUAUGAGAUCUACUGCAGACAGCUUUAUGACCUGCUAAAUGGAAGGAAAAGGCUUUUUGCAAGAGAAGAUGGCAAGCGCAUUGUUCAGAUAGCUGGACUCCAGGAGGUUCGGGUGGAUUCUGUAGAUCAGCUGUUGGAGGUGAUUUUGAAGGGGGGAAAAGAACGUAGCACAGGAACUACUGCAGUCAACUCAGAUUCCUCUCGGUCUCAUGCUAUCAUCCAAAUUCAAAUUAAAGACAUGGCCAACAGGGCAUUUGGAAGGAUAUCAUUCAUUGACUUGGCUGGCAGUGAAAGGGCAGCUGAUGCCAAAGACACGGAUCGACAAACAAAAAUGGAAGGAGUAGAAAUAAACCAAAGUCUUUUGGCACUAAAGGAAUGCAUUCGGGCGUUGGAUCAGGAACACACACAUACUCCUUUCCGGCAAAGCACGUUAACUCAGGUGCUAAAAGACUCUUUCAUUGGCAAUUCCAAGACAUGUAUGAUAGCCAAUGUUUCACCAAGCCACGUAGCUACAGAGCACACCUUGAACACUCUGCGAUAUGCUGACAGGGUCAAAGAGCUGAAGAAAGGGAUUAAAUAUCCUACCCCUGUCACAAAAAGGCAUCGCAGAGCUGGAAAUGUGUUUCCAAAACGUGUCCAAACCACUCCCUCUUUGCCAUCUGGGGAAAAGAGCUCUCCAAAGAAAGUGAAGCUAGGCCUGCAGCAUCCCUCAAGUGCUACAAAAGGAAGGGCGUAUCCUGCACUACUUCAACCACCUGGUGUCCCUCUUACCUCUACCCCCAAGGGAACUGACAAAGGACAUGCCUACAAAGGAACCAGAACUCCCUGCUUCCACCACACCACCCCAGUUAAGGGAGUCCUACGUAUAACACAUCCCCUGAAGAAAAAUGAUCUAUCCCCCCACUCUGAAAAGAGCCCCACAGUGAAGGAUUUCAUUGCCACAGCAGAAACAGAAGAAAGUGGCCAACAAGACAAGUAUAUGCAAAACAGAACACCUGUCCAGUACCUGAAAGUCCAGACAGUGCAACCUCUUCAGAAACAACUUGUUCCUAGGGAAGAUAAUUCCUUUGGAGUUGGCAACCUGCCCUCUGACAGCGAACAGGAAUGGGGAAAUACUUUUACUAAACAGUCCGUUGGACCCUGGGCAUAUCUGCCUCCAUAUCAGAAGGAAAGGGAAAAGCAUUUACGUCUUUAUCACCAGCAGCUUCAGCAGCCCCCUAUUCUAAAGCAAAAAUUAAACUAUCAACCCCUUGAGAGGUUUUUAAUGCAGUACAAGCCCGAGGAGAUUCAAGUGAAGCCAGAGCCGAGCCUUACUCUAACUGAAGUCCAGAGCAAAGAGUGGGUACAGCUGGAAGAUGUGGAUGACAGUGAUUUCAGUGAAGAUUCUUUCUCACCUGUCUGUAGUCAAAAGAGUGUGAAAAGAGGAAAUAGCAACAAAUCCAGUCCACAUUCAUUUUUCCUUCAUGAAAGAGAGCGAGGAUCCGAAGAAGAGCAAAAGUACAAGUCCAAACACAGACGUCUUGUUUACUCCAGUGAAGCUACCUUAACUCCAGAAAAGAAUGCUUCAACCCCAUGUGUAUCUCCUGUAUUGAAAUCAGGAACUCCAGAGUGUAAAGAGUUUGAUCUCCAGCAUGAGGAGAAGGAAGAAUCCACUUUGGAUAAAGAGGCUGCCCUUGCAGAAGGAGGUGUAAAAUGGAAAGCUCGAAAAAGUGGAGUUAGCCACUCUGUUUCUUCCAUUGAUUCCUCAGAAUUCACCUCCGAGCUCAUGGCCCCGCUCCUCGUGUUGCCUCUUGAUGGUGAGGACACAACUGAAACAGAGAAAGCACCUUCCAACCAAGAGAAGCCCCACCACAAAAAGCAGGUGCUGGACAGUGAUGCCCAUAGCAGGUUUGAGGACGAGGGCUGGCAGUGCACCAGGAGCAGAUCUCUGACUGACAGCAUGCUGGAUCCGUGGGACCAGUCCCAGCACGGGGAAAGGCUCUGUGUCCUGCUGGGCUCCUCUCAAGUCACACACAAGAAGCGCCCAUCCACCUGUGGCCGUGUGAAGCCAUGCUGCAGCCACCCGGGAUCAGUUUUGUCCAAGCAGGGAGUCCGGCACAGUUCAUUUGUUGGACAUGACCUGACAGAAACAUCCACAGCUGGAUCCACAGCUGGGUCUGCCAUCCCCAGGCCAGAGAAAGAGGGUGGGGGGCUUUGCAGUGACUCCCCCUUCAAAGAACACUCGGAAAGCAGACAGUGUAGUGCUGAUAUUAAUCAGCAUAACAAUGCUGGUAAUGCAGGGAAGUCUAACUCAAGUAAAGGGUCCAGUGCUGAGGAAAUAAAUGCUGAAAUACCUGAAAAGAGCUAUGCAUCCCAGUCCCUCUCUCAGGACAGCAGUUGGCUGCUGCAGCCCAAGCCAGAACUGAGCAAUGAGGACCUUACCCAUACUGAAGACCCUUCCAAGUCAUCCUUUGGCAAUGAAGAAACAGCGUUGCUAAAAAGGAAGUUAAAGCAGAGUAUUUUUACACUAGAGACUUUUGCUGCAGAUGCAGGAUUUGCAACCAAAGAUAAUAAGCCAAUAGCAAGUGCAAAAUGCCCCUCACACAUGUCCAGGAGCAGUUCUCCAAGUGCUGCAUCCAAGAUGGGGAAAGGAAAAUGGCAGAGGGAAGCCCUAGAAAAGGCACAAGAGACUGUAAUUCGUGCUCAUCAGCAGUACCUGGAUGAAAUGGCAGAACUGUGCUUGAAAGAGGAGUGCUUGAUAGAUCAGAUGUCAGAAAUGGAUUUUCAGGAUUUCAUGACCAUACUGGAUGAAAUCUUGGUGCUGAAGUUCGAGUCUUCCCAAAAAAUGCGAGCCUUGCUUCAGUUUUGUUCAGCCUCCCUGGGUACUGAAACAUCACUGCGAACACGUCCACUAGUUUAGCCCUUCUUUGCUUCCACAUGCACUGGAGCAGCUACAGGAAACCCCAGCCAGCACUUUGCUACACUUGGUGCUGCAGAGUGUGGGUGGUAGGGGACAGCUUUGGGUUUGAUAUUUGUGACUAGUGUGUGUUUUAUAUAAGGAUGCAGAGAAUUCUAAACAAAUGAGAGAUGACUAAUUGGCAGCGUAAGCUUUGUAUUUCAUUAAUACCAGUAAGGCACAUUCUGAACAGUAACAAUUCAGCAGCCUUUAUCUCGCCAAGUAGCAGGCAAGGCAGGUAAUGUAUCAUAGCAGCUUCUCACAUGUUAAAGGCAAUCCUGUGUUGCCAAGUAAGGGAAACAACUUUGAAGCCAGAUACAGGUCAGAACAGAAAUGCUCAAAAACUACCCAGAAAAGUCUUUGCAAACAAAAGCCAGGAAAGUGAGAGGAGCCGGGGGUUACACUAAGGUGCCUGGACCUUAAGUAUUUGGAAUAAAAGGCAGGAUGUGAAGUGCUGUCAGUUUCAGAAGAACAAAACAUAUUGUUGAAUUAGUGCUUGGGAUGAACCCUCCAGAGCUCCUGAAAGAGAUGGCUUUAAGUUAUGGGUAAGGAGUGGUUUAGCAGGGACUUCCUACCAGAUUCCAUCUGGCAUGUUAAUAAGCACAUGGGUUUCAUGCUGCUGCCCAGAGGAAGACACCAACAGCUGCACCUGCUGCACACCACAUCUAACACCUGCACUGAGCAGAGCUGAGCAGAUUUCUUACAUGAAAAUGGGGUCUGCUUGGAGGCACUGGCCUUUGAGAAGCUGCUGACAGCACUGUUAUGUGAAACUGGUAUUUGGGUCAAGAGCUACGGAGCCAUCAGCUGGAGCUCUGCAGAAGUCCUGGUGCUGCAUGCAUCACCUCGGAACCACAAAGCCAGUCCACUUGCUUUGAAGGCACAAGUGACCUUGAGAUAUGCUUGCUGACAACAUGCUGUGUGAGUGCUCCCACUCCAAAACUAGGGCUGGCGCAGCACAUUCAUCCACCUCUGUGUCUUCUCAGUAAUGUCUGUGGUAGCUUGUUCAAAGCCCGCAGGGGAGCCAGAAAUGCCAAGGGGAAUGGAACACUGCUGUUUGACUAGCUGUGGGUUUUGCUGCCUGCCUGCACAGCCUCCCUGAGGAGCCCAGGUUGGGCUGAGCGGCAGGACAGUAAUCACAGUGACACUCUGGGAUGCAUAUUGGGUGCAAGCACUCCCAGGAAUGUCACCCAGCAUAGACCUGGGCAACAGAAGCAAAUCCCGCAUCACUGCCCUGACUGUUGAGUUGUUUUUAGCACUGGUUGGUCUCCAUCUUGCAACUGAGACUGGAUUUCUCUGUGGAGCAAAGAGCAGAGUUUCUCUAGGAGUCUGAGGUUAUGGCUCUCAAAAUGGUUCCUGUGUCCUGGUCACAGGCCAGCAGCAAGACACCUGAACCUGGCUCAGAAGCCUCCCUCACUCACCCAGGGAGAUGAGGCAUCCAGGAGCAAGACUCAGUAUUUCUGCAUGGCACAGAGCAGUGGUGCCCGACAGCCACCAGAGAGCUGUAAAGCAGUGGGAGAGCAGCACUCUGCUAAAGCCAGAUAGGGAGGAGCAAGUGUUUAAAACCACCAAUUCCCUCCACUUCCUGCGGCCAGCAAGAGCUUUCCUGUGAGUAAGGUGAGGGGAAUAAAGGCAGCUGGGUAGUCCUCCUGAUAGAUGUUAGUUUCCCCCAGCACAUUCUCAGCGAGCAUGCAGUAAACGCUGCUGUCAGGGAGCACCUGAGGAGUUUGGCAAGUCUAUUUGGAACCAAAGAAAAGGUCAGACAGGUCACAGGAAAAUGUGAUGCCCAGUCAGAAACUGUGCAAGGAAGGAAAAUUUUCCCUUUAUGUACUCUGACAUUUGGGAGAUGAGGGUUGGUUGAUCACUCAGGUUUUUAAAAAGCAGCUGAGCAAAGUAUGUUCACAGGCAUUUUGAGUGUCUUACAGAAGACAUUCCUAAGCAACACACAAGAAUCAUUUGCACAACCACAAUGCCAUGUCCUAACCUCGGAAUUUGCUGGCACAGUCGUGAAAAGACAGAUGAGUGACCAAAAAUUUCUGUGAGCAGAGGAGAUGUGAAUUAAGUCAGCCUGCCAGAUGGGAGCCACAAUAGAUCAGAAUCCCCUCUGAUCUAUUGUGAAAAAAAUCUCUGGCAGAUCUGAGCCCCAGCAGCAAUUCCCAGAGCAGGAACUAUCUGCUCCCUCGUGGAACGGCCAGGGACACUGAGAAACAACAAAUAAUCAAAACAACAACCACACAUAAUUUUCCAGUGUCUGAUACAAUUAUUUUUAAACAGGUUAUCCAGCCAAUCCACAUGACUAUAUCUUCUUGAAUAUUUUAUUAUGUCUGUUCUCCAAAUUUUAUUUUCUCAACUGAAGGUGAGAUUUGACCAAAAUACAGAAAUAAAGCAUGUGUCUGUGAAAAGCAGCCCAUCCUUGGCAGUAACAUGGACAUGCUUGAAGUGCUGCACACCCCAAAGAUUCAAACAGUGUGUGCCUUACAUGCAACAGAAACUAUCCAGCUGUUGUCAGAAAUGGUAAGAUUUUUCUCUCCCCUUUGAGGUUCAUUACCUAGUUGCUACUUUAAUUCUUGUGUGAAAAUGUGCUAAAUGAGCAUUUUAAGUGUCAUCCCCUUCCUACUGUUUGAUAUUUCACUGACAACUGCUACAAAAGGUUUUUACUUCAACUUGAAUAUGCGUUAAAGUGUCGUAAAAGCAAUCUAAGAGAUUUAGAGAGCUUGGUCAUGUACCAUCAAAUAAACACAUAACUAAAAUGGGUUCACUUUUUGUAUUCAGAUGCAACAAUGACAAUGCUUAUUAGCAAAGGCUUGAUACUUUAUUUCGGUAGUUAGCAGAAUUUAAAAUAAAAUUCAGUUUGCUACAGCA